AUGGGUAUCUCCCGCAGUUCCCGGCACAAGCGAUCGGCCUCGGGGGCCCAGCGUCCCCACUACCGCAAAAAGAGAAAAUUCGAGCUCGGCCGCCAACCCGCAAGCACGAAGCUGGGACCCAAGCGGAUUCACACUGUCCGCGUUCGCGGGGGGAACUUGAAGUACCGGGCACUGCGCCUUGACUCCGGUAACUUCGCGUGGGCGAGCGAGCACGUCACCCGGAAGACCAGGCUUAUUGUUGUGGCUUACAAUGCGUCGAACAAUGAGUUGGUCCGGACAAACACGCUUGUCAAGAGUGCUAUCAUUCAGGUUGAUGCCACUCCAUUCCGUCAGUGGUAUGAGGCCCACUACGCGCAGCCCGUAACGAAGAGGGGGACAAAGAAGGAUACGGCUGAGGCUACUCAAGAGGAGAAAAAGUUGUCGCACCACGUUGAGCGUAAGUUCGAAGAGAGGAAGAAGGACGCGAAGAUCGACCCUAUGCUUGACAGCCAGUUCGCUGCUGGCCGCCUAUACGCAUGUAUCAGCAGCCGACCAGGUCAGUCCGGUCGUGCGGACGGAUAUAUCCUCGAGGGUAAGGAGUUGGAGUUCUACCUCAGGAAGAUUAGGACCGGCAAGCAGAAGCAUGCUCACGCAGCGUAA